UGUGGUCGAGGAAAGAGACAGCAUUCAGCGGCCGCCCACCUCUCCUUGUUGUUUCGAAGUGCUCUCUGUUUGAUGUACCAUCCACUGAAAGGGCCUGACUGAUGGUGUGCGGUGCUUACUGAUGAGAUGCCAAACACUGACUGGAGACCUUCCUUCUGUGAGAGGCAGGUGUACUGUCGAGUGGCCCUUCCAGAUCUGGCUCUCUUGGCUCUUCCUCCACACACACGACAGUGGAGAUCGAGCUGUUUCUUGUGCCAGUCUGCCAUAGCUGUGACAAGCCUGUGUAUUAUGUACAUAUUUUGUACUGGCUUUUUCCCUGCUAUUUGGAGUGGCGCCACUAAAAGCUUUUGUUUUCACAACUGUUUUACUCUUAUGCAAGCCGUUUCUAGUGUAGUACUGCGCAGGAAAACUUACAGGGCUUCAGUGUGACUGUCCAAACUAUGCGGUUCUUUGAACUCCUUUUGCGGUAUGGUAAGAUAACAGCUGCUCAGUUGCGGAGGACGCGUGGUGGCUCUGCGCACAUCACUGUAUUGUGUAGUAUAGUAAGGAAUGUGCCAGUAACUACUUCCGUUAGUGGAUCUCCUGGAAGGAAGUGGUGGAAACGAUCGCUGGGAAACCGGCUUCAACCGGACGGAGACUCAU